CGUCUCCCCCGGCCCCCGGAGCUCGCGGUGCGUGUGCGCGUGAGUGCGUGUGUGUCCCUCCGCCAACGCCGCCACCUCAGCCCGGCAAAUGAACUCCGUCCGAGCCGCCAACCGGAGACCCAGGCGAGUGUCGCGGCCGCGCCCGGUGCAGCAACAGCAGCAGCAGCCCCCGCAGCAGCCGCCGCCUCAGCCGCCCCAGCAGCAGCCGCAGCCGCAGCCGCCGCAGCCGCCCCAGCAACAGCCGCCGCCGCAGCAGCAGCCCCCGCCGCCGCCUCAGCAGCAGCCCCCGCCGCCGCCACCGCCGCCUCCGCCGCCGCCUCAGGAACGGAACAACGCCGGCGAGAGGGAUGAUGUUCCUGCAGAUAUGGUUGCAGAAGAAUCAGGUCCUGGUGCACAAAAUAGUCCAUACCAACUUCGUAGAAAAACUCUUUUGCCAAAAAGAACAGCGUGUCCUACAAAGAACAGUAUGGAGGGUGCCUCAACUUCAACUACAGAAAACUUUGGUCAUCGAGCAAAGCGUGCCAGAGUGUCUGGAAAGUCACAAGAUCUAUCAGCAGCACCUGCUGAACAGUAUCUUCAGGAGAAACUGCCAGAUGAAGUAGUUUUAAAAAUCUUCUCUUAUUUGCUGGAACAGGAUCUUUGUAGAGCCGCUUGUGUGUGUAAACGCUUCAGUGAACUUGCUAAUGAUCCAAUUUUGUGGAAACGAUUAUAUAUGGAAGUAUUUGAAUAUACACGCCCUAUGAUGCAUCCUGAACCUGGUAAAUUCUACCAGAUUAACCCAGAAGAAUAUGAGCAUCCAAAUCCAUGGAAAGAGAGUUUUCAGCAGUUGUAUAAAGGCGCACAUGUAAAGCCGGGAUUUGCUGAGCACUUCUACAGUAACCCUGCAAGAUACAAAGGAAGAGAAAAUAUGCUGUAUUAUGAUACUAUUGAAGAUGCUCUUGGUGGAGUACAGGAAGCACAUUUUGAUGGGCUUAUCUUUGUUCACUCUGGAAUAUAUACUGAUGAAUGGAUAUAUAUUGAAUCUCCAAUCACUAUGAUUGGUGCAGCACCUGGGAAAGUGGCUGACAAGGUUAUCAUUGAAAACACUAGAGACUCAACUUUUGUUUUUAUGGAAGGCUCUGAAGAUGCUUAUGUUGGAUAUAUGACAAUAAGAUUCAACCCCGAUGACAAAUCCGCUCAGCAUCACAACGCACACCAUUGCUUAGAGAUUACAGUAAACUGCAGCCCUAUUAUUGACCACUGUAUCAUCCGGAGCACAUGUACAGUUGGUUCUGCAGUAUGUGUUAGUGGUCAAGGAGCAUGUCCCACUAUCAAGCAUUGUAACAUCAGUGACUGUGAAAAUGUCGGACUUUAUAUAACAGAUCAUGCACAGGGAAUAUAUGAAGAUAAUGAAAUUUCCAAUAAUGCGUUAGCUGGGAUUUGGGUUAAAAAUCAUGGAAAUCCAAUUAUUAGACGGAAUCACAUUCAUCAUGGACGUGAUGUUGGUGUAUUCACAUUCGAUCAUGGCAUGGGUUAUUUUGAAAGUUGCAACAUACACAGAAACAGGAUAGCAGGCUUUGAAGUAAAAGCCUAUGCUAACCCCACAGUGGUUCGAUGUGAAAUCCACCAUGGGCAGACUGGAGGCAUAUAUGUCCAUGAAAAAGGAAGAGGACAAUUUAUAGAGAAUAAAAUCUAUGCGAACAACUUUGCAGGUGUAUGGAUUACCUCAAAUAGUGACCCAACAAUAAGGGGGAAUUCUAUAUUUAAUGGAAAUCAAGGAGGAGUUUACAUCUUUGGUGAUGGACGAGGCCUUAUUGAAGGAAAUGACAUUUACGGCAAUGCGUUAGCAGGAAUUCAGAUUAGGACAAACAGUUGUCCUAUUGUUCGACAUAACAAAAUCCAUGAUGGACAGCAUGGUGGCAUUUAUGUGCAUGAGAAGGGACAAGGCGUCAUAGAAGAGAAUGAAGUUUACAGCAACACUCUGGCUGGGGUCUGGGUGACGACUGGCAGCACACCAGUACUGAGAAGAAACCGGAUACACAGUGGCAAGCAGGUUGGUGUUUAUUUUUAUGACAAUGGACACGGUGUGCUAGAAGAUAACGACAUCUACAAUCAUAUGUAUUCAGGGGUGCAGAUAAGGACUGGAAGCAACCCUAAAAUUAGACGCAACAAAAUUUGGGGAGGACAGAAUGGUGGAAUUCUAGUUUAUAAUUCUGGUCUAGGCUGUAUAGAAGACAAUGAAAUAUUUGACAAUGCAAUGGCUGGCGUCUGGAUUAAGACAGAUAGUAAUCCUACACUAAGAAGAAAUAAAAUCCAUGAUGGAAGAGAUGGUGGCAUCUGUAUAUUUAAUGGGGGUCGAGGUCUCCUUGAAGAAAAUGAUAUUUUCAGGAACGCUCAAGCAGGUGUUCUUAUCAGCACUAAUAGUCAUCCAGUCUUAAGAAAAAACAGAAUAUUUGAUGGAUUUGCUGCAGGUAUUGAAAUUACAAAUCAUGCAACUGCAACCCUAGAAGGCAAUCAGAUUUUUAACAACCGAUUUGGAGGCUUAUUUUUAGCAUCUGGUGUUAAUGUGACAAUGAAAGAUAACAAAAUAAUGAACAAUCAAGAUGCAAUAGAAAAGGCUGUUAGUAGAGGACAAUGUUUAUAUAAAAUAUCAAGUUAUACCAGCUAUCCCAUGCAUGACUUCUACAGAUGUCAUACUUGUAACACCACAGAUCGAAAUGCCAUAUGUGUGAAUUGCAUUAAGAAGUGCCAUCAGGGACACGAUGUAGAAUUUAUUAGACACGACAGGUUUUUCUGUGACUGUGGUGCUGGAACACUGUCCAAUCCUUGUACAUUAGCUGGUGAACCUACUCAUGAUACAGACACAUUAUAUGACUCUGCUCCACCUAUAGAAUCUAAUACAUUGCAGCACAACUGAAUUCCUUCUCUAAAGAAAACGUCCUGCCAUUCUAACACCAUAACUUAAAACAUUUGGAAGAUUUAAAAUACUUGCCCAUGCUACAGAAAGAGACUGUACUGAAAAGUGGAUACGCAAGGUCAGUUGACACUAUGAAGCUCAAGCUACCAAAAAGAAAGUGGCAAUAUAUUGACUCAGGAUCUCAAAGCUGGGUGUUUUAGCAUUACUGUGUAAGACUUUUGAAGGGACAGAAGUGAAGAAAAUAAGCUGCAAUUUUGUACAGAUACCAACUUCUGAAAAAGCUGGUGUUUUUACAGCUAGCAUUGAAUGCAGUCCGAUUUGCAGUAGUAAUCUUCAAUAGACAGCAGCUUUGUUGCUGCCUUUAUGGACAUGGGUACCAAUUGCUUUUGUAAUAUGGUAAAAACGUGAGCUAGCACUUCUGCAUUGAUUUUUUAACAUGUAUUCAGAUUGAGAAUAUGAUUUUAAUGCUUUAAUCUCAUGUAGUUUGUUUUUAAUUUCAAGCAAAAUCUUAUUGUACUUGAAUGUGCCCUGUUUUGUUAGCACACCUAGACUUGCUGUAACUGUACUCAUGUCCCAGUAUGUACGUUCUUUCUAUGAAAGAGAAAAACACUAAUCUUAAAUUAUAUCCAGCAAUGUUUCUGGUAUCCUUUAAGAAAAGUUAAGACUAUUAUUUCCUUCCCUCUCCUUUGCAGCAUUCAAGGAAAAAAAAAAAAAAAAAACACCCCUAGAAAACAGUUGAGUGUUUUAAUGAGACUUCCUAGGAAGGGAUGCACUGUAAAACAAAGUAUUCUUGUAUCUCAGUUUUGUGAAGGGUAAAAACUACUAUGUUUUAAAGUUCACUUUAGAAAGUCUCUUCAAAACAGGCCUGUAUUUAAAUUCUGUUCAUAGUUUUUAUUUGAACAGUUUAGACAAAAUGGCUGGAAAUUAAAGCAAUUUCCUGCAUUAAGCUGAGACCAGUAUAUAUACAGCCCUAAACAGUUUCAUAGCCCCCCCCCCAUUUAUGUGUAUUGGUGACAGUGGGUAUAAACAGCCUGAAAGUGUAUGCAUGUACCAUAACAUCUAGACUUAAUAUAUUGUGGAGUAUUCAAUAACCAUUAUGUAGAAGGUAGAUGAGAAUUAAAAGGGUUUAAUUUCCUAGAAAGAAAAUGGAAAAAUGGUCAUUUUUAAAAAAUAAAGUUUAUUAGAUCAUAA